CUUCUUGAAACGAUCAUGAAGAGAGGUUUCCUUUUCGCCUUUUUGGUGUGUUUUUAUCACGUGGAUGGAGGGGUAAUGACCAAUUAUGACCCAAACAAGACAGAGGAGAAACAAGAAAAGAUUGGCCUGAUGUCGAACUUUCAACUCAAACUCAAAGGUACUGAGAAGAGAAAUGGCGGAACGAUUACCAAGUUUGAAGUUAAGUUAAAAGACAGUGGAGACGACGGGAAAGAACCAAAUUUUCAACUGAGUUUGAAGGACAACGAAAACGAAAAUGAGAACAUUGAUCACCACCAUUCUCCUGCCACCCCACAACCGGGACCACGCCCCUUCCAGCCCGGGACAGGGGAACAGAAAUGUAUGGUGAUCGUCAGACGGACGUUCCUGGAGAAAGAGAUGGUCAUCUACCCGUGCUUUAAGCCCGUCAGAGGGGUUACACCUGUAGCAGCUCACCAAAGUUCUCUAGGUUUGGUCUGUAGGGGAUACACUACCAUCCCUACCACUAAGUACAUCAGAAUGUCCAUCUGCUGCCCGGGGUGGUACGCUGACGAGCAGGGACGCUGCACCAAAGUGGUAGACGAUAGAGGACGCGAGUCUCAGAUGCCCAGAGUUAACUCCCCUGUGCAAGAAGAAAGACCAACGAGCCUGGACAGACUAUCCAAAUACCCCUCAUCUUACGACAACGGACAGUUUGGUCCAAUGAUGCGCACGCAGCCACCUUCAGACAGAUGGACGCCAAACGAUAUGGCAAUGCGCAGAAUCCAAAAUAUGAUGGGACAGAGAUUAAAAUUAAUCGAAAUGAUUGAAAGAAAAAUGAAAGAACGAGAACAAAUUACAACUGCUCCUUCUGUACCGCGGUCUCCUGUUGUAAAACUGUACCCAACCGUCAGGAAAUUCAUCACGGUUAAAAAGUCGUUCAUUCCAGCCAGGAAGGCGGCGCCACCUCAACAGCAACAGCCAAACAGAUUCCCAACACAAGCAUCAAACAACUCCCCUAGCCGACUACCUCCCGUCCAGCAAAUACCCAGAAUCCCUCAGCCUCCACAAAACAAGCCACACAUUAUUAUCGCACAGAAGAAACAAUUUGCCCAGGUGCCACAGACAUCGAGCCCGCAAUACAAGCCCAUCAGACAAUCCACCCACAUCCGCAUCAACGUACCCAGUGUCUUCCCUCAAAUCCCUCAACGUCCACCAAUGCAACAGAGAGAAAUGCCCCAGAUUCCCAAUACACGGGGUCCAUUGUUCCAUCCUAUGCAUAUGAUGGCACAGAACUCUCCUAUGCAUAUGAUGGCACAGAACUCUCCUAUGCAUAGACAAAUGAUGCAGUCUCGACCACACUUCCCACAAAUCCCGCCCCAUCCUAUGGCUCAGCUUCUCCAGCGCAUGCGCGAGGACAGAGUACAGCUUCCCAAGAUUCCCGUACAGAUGCCACCAGUUCAAGUUCAGCCUGGUCCCAACCUUGGUUUCCCAACCCCUCCUCCAUGUUUCGCUGCCUAUCUCGAUGUGGUUCAGUCUUGCUUCAAACAGGCUGAGGUGGAGAUGCCCCCAGAUCACGGCAUCCUGAACGGCGACUACAACUACCAAGGAGUCUGCCAAAAGAAGAUCCAGAUCGCCGACUGUAUCAAGCAGUCCACACACCCCUGCUCCUCCCUACAGGAACACAUGCUGGUCCGUACUACCAUGGUCAACACGCUGUCUGAGAUAGACAGGAUAUGUCGUAUCGAUAGCAUCCAAGGUAUUGAACAGCGCAUGUCAGUUGGAGAUGACGUCAAUCCACCACCCACACAGUUUCCACAUGACCACGUGCAUAUGCACGGAGAUGUGAUCCACAGUCAUCCACAUGAUCAUCCACAUGAUCACUCACAUGACCACUCACAUGAUCAUCACGAUCAUGAUCACGCGCACCUGCCGCUGGACACUCAGCUCGAGGAGAAGACCGUUCAGGUGGAGCCAGCCACAGAACCCUCAACCGACGGCAUUCAGUUCUUGGGACCUUCAGCUCAAGCUCAGCCUGAUCCUGUUCUUGAAGUUAAACAAGAAGUUCUUGAAGUUAAAGAAGAAGAAAUUAAACCGGAUGUGAAACAGGAGGUUAAACAAGAAAUCAAGGAGGCCAUUGAAGAGGCAAAGAAAGAUGAGACCGUCGUUAUGGAUGUGUCCAAGGUGUUCGACACCACCGUGGAGAAGCACAUGCACGCUCAUCCUCACGUGCAGCACGUUCAUGAUGAGAUCACUCACGAAUAUUAUCUCCCACUUCUGAUUGGUACCGCUAUAGGAGUGGCCGCCAUUUUCUGUCUUCUGCUGGCCAUUCUCUGUAUCUGCUGUAGGAGAAGAAUCAAGAAGAAAAUUUACGUCGAAAGGGAACCAGAAAAACCAAAGUUGUUCGAGGGUAUUUACACCAUCGGAGUACCUCCCCCAGUUUAUGAAGUGAACGGCAUUCCCCCGCUUUCCUAUGAAGAAGUCCGAGGAAUCAAAAUCACCGGCUCGCCCUCUUCUGUGCGACGUCACAACGAAGAGAAUGCCGAAAACAGCUCGCGCCGCGGUGUCGUAUCUGAUAUUUAAAGUGAAAGCGAGGCUAUAGUUGUAAUGGCGGACAGUGCUAUAUAUAUUCAACAUUCCCAAAGUUUUCGUCUGACAGCGCAAGAUUUUUUUGUAAUAUUGCAAUCUCGUGAUAGAAUCUCGUCCAUUCUUGUGUGUCAAAUAACAAAUAUCUUCAUAUACAUGCAAUGUAAUUGGUUGAAUAAAAUUCAAUAUUAUCAUUUU